AUGGAUUCGGGAGUCGACCCUUGUGUCGACUUCUAUGAUUACGCUUGUGGGCAAUGGAUCAAUGACUCUGUGAAUCUCAAUUAUCCGUCGUGGAAUGUGCUCUAUGAGACAAACAUGAAAGCCCAUGACAAAUUAGUUCAUGCUAUGCUUAAAGGUUAGUC